AUGCCUCCACAGCAGGGCGAGGUUUCUCUGAUGACGCUCUUCGCAGAUGUACAUUAUUACUUGUCUCCCCCUACCCACCAACCCCCGCACCAACGCUUCGACAAGAGCUCGUAUGUCUACCUCUAUCACAACCCUAUGCGUCAGACUGGGCGCAUAGAGAUCGCGAACCAUCCUGGCACCCCUCACCAGGACGCGUUCGCUGGCCAAUUGGACGGUGUAAAGGUCGAGCAGUCGUACAAGCACCCAUGCCUGUUCUCACUUACUGUUGAUGCCUUUCCGGGCCAGCAUGGAAGCGCAGGCGGUACACCUCAGCAAGACAUGUCCCAAUGGCACCUUCCUGUACCCGAUCCCAACAACCAGGGCAAGUACAUGUACAGACUGCACACGGUAGACGUCUACCUGUGGACUGCAAACGAUGCCAGCAUGUUCUUGGAUUCCCUACGGAGGGUCAUGCAGCCACAUCAACUCCACAUCACCACAGACCCCCAGGCUGUCACGCCUACAUCAGCCCAUGAUGACUACAAGAGCGAUGCAAUGAGCCCCCUCAUUGCCAACUUGGAGAGAGCUGCGAUAUCGCAUCAGAGCCGUACCCCUAGUCUAAGCACUACGCAAGCCUUUCCAGGCCCUCCCCAGGCCUUCCCUGGCCCGCCAGCUGGUCGCGCGUCCACUGCGAGCCCUACGGGCGAGCAGGGCUUCGCACCCAUGGCCUACAACCCUGCUGCACCCGCGGCACCCGAGCCCAUUGCUCAUCGCGAGAAGACGCCGCCACCGCUCGAUGGGGCCGAUGGAACGGGCCUCGCUGGAGCUGCUGUGAAUGACUCGCAGCCACAGCAGUACAGCCAUGCGCUGCAGACGUCCUUCAGCCCUCAAGCAGCGUCUGGGCCCUAUCAGCCUGGACCACCUGCAUCAGGGCAUGGUUUCCGUGGUCCACCAAGUGUGCAGCGGACCCAUCCAUCUGGCUCGAUGCCACCUGGGCAGAGCGUCCCUUCGUUUGCAGGACCGCCUCCGUCGGCGCCUCCAGCGGAAUCGUAUGGCCAGCCGAGCAGUCCAGCGCCACCAGGCGUCCAGCGGCCGUCCUCGAUAGCGGUACAACAGUAUGCUGGGUAUGGUGGAUCACCUGGCUACGCGGCUGGCCCUCCUACUCCUGGCCUGCCGUCGCCAGGUCUGCAGCAGCCACAGCACUACCUGGGUUACGGGCAGCAUCAGUACGGCAGCACUGCACAGCAGGCACCCGGGACAGACGCAGGCGACUUGCACAAACAGUUCUACCGUCCGACCGAACAUGAAGCUGGCGUUACGAACCACUACACAGCAUCGGCGCCCAACUCGAACAUGGGCAAGAGGGUGGUCAAGGUGGAGAAGGGCGUGGGGCGCUUCCUCAAGAAGCUCGACAGUAAGUGGUAG